GGUUCUGUCCGCCUGUUUUCCUGUCUGUAAAAUGGGCUAACAGCUCCCGCGGGAGAGCUGGAGCGGGCUCGGAGGCCGCGGAGGAGUGCCAGAGAAGUGCCGAGGCCGCCCAGCGCUCCCGAGGCAGGCCCAGGCGGGAGCGGGUCCCACGCCCCGUUCUGACUGCAGAGUCCCCCAAGAGAUCUGAUCAAUGCUAGACCGGUUGACCAAGGAGAGAACUCCCAGCUCACAGUGCAAGCAUCUGAUCCAGAGAGAGGCAGGGCCGGGUUUCAAACCCCGGUCUCCUGAUGGCCCGGCCUGGGAAGUUCGUGCUGUCCCCUCUUGUGCUGCCACCGAGUAUCACCUAGGUCUGCUGAAAGCAAAACUCGCCAAGUAUCGGGCCCAGCUCCUGGAACCAUCCAAAUCUGCCUCAUCCAAAGGAGAGGGCUUUGAUGUCAUGAAGUCAGGCGAUGCCCGUGUUGCACUGAUUGGAUUUCCUUCUGUGGGUAAGUCCACCUUCUUGAGUCUGAUGACCUCCACAGCCAGCGAAGCUGCAUCCUACGAGUUCACCACGUUGACGUGCAUCCCUGGGGUCAUUGAAUACAAAGGUGCCAAUAUCCAGCUCCUGGAUCUUCCCGGAAUUAUUGAAGGUGCAGCACAAGGGAAAGGCCGUGGCCGGCAGGUGAUCGCUGUGGCACGCACGGCCGAUGUUGUCAUAAUGAUGUUGGACGCCACCAAGGGAGAAGUGCAGAGGUCUCUGCUGGAGAAGGAGCUGGAGUCAGUGGGCAUCCGCCUCAACAAGCACAAGCCCAACAUCUACUUCAAGCCCAAGAAAGGUGGCGGCAUCUCCUUUAACUCAACAGUCAUGCUGACCCAGUGCUCAGAAAAGCUGGUGCAGCUUAUCCUGCACGAGUACAAGAUCUUCAAUGCAGAAGUGCUCUUCCGAGAAGACUGCUCCCCAGACGAGUUCAUCGAUGUGAUCGUGGGCAACCGGGUGUACAUGCCCUGUCUGUAUGUUUAUAACAAGAUCGACCAGAUCUCGAUGGAAGAAGUAGACCGCCUGGCCCGAAAACCCAACAGUGUGGUCAUUAGCUGCGGCAUGAAGCUCAACCUGGACUACCUGCUGGAGAUGCUUUGGGAGUACUUGGCCCUGACCUGCAUCUACACCAAGAAAAGAGGACAGAGGCCAGACUUCACGGACGCCAUCAUUCUCCGGAAAGGGGCCUCUGUGGAGCAUGUGUGCCACCGCAUCCACCGGUCACUUGCCAGCCAGUUCAAGUAUGCUCUGGUGUGGGGCACCAGCACCAAGUACAGCCCGCAGCGGGUGGGCCUGACCCACACUAUGGAGCAUGAGGAUGUCAUCCAGAUCGUGAAGAAGUAGCGCCUCCUACGGGCCUCCUGCCCACUGGCCUUGUCUCCCUGGGGAGUCAGACCCACUGGCACAUGCAAAUGCCCAAACAGGAAAAAUACAAAUACACACACCCCAGGAAGGGGUUCCUCAAAUCUCUGCUGUUUCCAGAAGUUUCUUCAGUAGGCAGAUGAUGAAGAGUGUGUCGAGACAGAGGGGGCAAGCUUGGGGGACUUGGGCUUGGCUGGAAGCAUUUCCUACGAGACUGAUCCCUCCGGUGGGGAUUCCACGUUGGAGCCCUGAGCCUGCAUCUCUACCGCCUGCCCCUGUGGGCACUGAGGGAGCAAGCUGCCUACCUAACCCCCUACCAGGGCCUAAAGCAGAUGGUGGCCUAAUGCUGGGGCAGGGAGCUGGGCCUGCCUAGGCCCCUAGAGGCAGUGGUUACUGUCAGGGCACCUCGUUCCCUCAGCUGCCACCUCCUCUGGCACUUGGAGAGGGGGUCUCCCAGGAUGAAACCCCCUCAGGUCUCCUCACACACAGGGCUGUCCUGUGGUGGAAACCAGAAGUUAGUUGCUUCAAGGCCCAACUUGCACCCUCCACAGCCUGAGUGGUGUCCUAAAGUGCCUCCCCUCUUAGCCCCUCCCGGGGUAGCCCCUGCCCAGCACAAAACCCCAGGACCCUGGCCCUGCACACCAGGAUGAGAGUUUUGAGUUUGGUUCUGUAUUUUUCUAAGCCCCCUGAUCUGUCUGCUCUCCUUUCUGAAAUAAAGGGUUGAAAAUGAUUCCUGUUCAAACAGGAAACUUGUAAA